AUGGAUACUAUUUUACAACAAUGGAAAAUAUCAAGUGAUGAUAUACAAUUGAUAGAGUUGAUCGAAUCGAAAAGCAAUAGUAUGGUGUAUAGAGGGUUGGUCAGAGGUCAAGAAGCACUGAUAAAAAGAAUCGAUAUAGAGAGAGUCGAUGAUUCUCUGAUACUUCAAAUGAUAAACGAAGCAUACAUUCUAUCGACACUGAGGAAUCCAAACAUUGUACUGUUCAUGGGUCUAUGUCUGACGCAUCAGCAUCUACAGAUCAUAACAGAAUACAUGCCGAAAGGCUCAUUCAAACAACUGAUAAAACAACAGCAACAACAACAGGCAACCUCUGGCGGCACCGGUACCAAUCCACUGGAAGCAAAGCUGGUAUUGAAAAUUGCAAACGAUGUUGUUCUCGCAAUGAAUUGGCUGCAUCAUCAGCCGGAACCAAUCAUUCAUCUAAAUUUGAAACCAAACAAUAUAUUGCUGGGAAAUAGCUUCUCUGCAAAGCUGGCGGAUUUCCGGUUGUGUCGGCUAAAGACGAGUGAAAACACCGUUGGACAGGCCGGAUCAGGAGUUGCCUACAUGGCACCGGAAGUACUACUAAACAAACCAUUCGACGAACGAUGUGAUGUCUAUUCAUUUGGAAUCACGCUAUGGGAGAUGCUGGCCGGUAGAGAUCCAUACUCCGACAAUCAUUUCACGAGUUAUCCUCAGCUAAUCGAUGCCAUCACCGACAAGAACAUACGACCUCCACUUUUGACUUGGUUCCCACCUCGGCUGUGCGAAUUACUAAAUAACUGUUGGUCUGCAAAUCCUGCGGAUCGUCCUUCCUUCCAAUCGAUCAUUGAACACCGACUCAUCGAUAGAAUCAUCGUUGAUCUGUUGGUGCCGGUCGACUUGGUGGCACGCGAAUUCUGGGUGAACAACUUCCUCGGUAGAACAUCGGUCAACUGGGAGCUAUUCAUCCACAGAUUCGCUGUCUAUUUUGGCAUCGAUUUGAAUGUCUAUGCUCUGACAACGAGGAUCAUUACGAGCGAUCCUGGCUGCUAUGCAGUCAGCUACGUAGGAAAAGCCAAAGAGAUCAACAAUUGCAAGGUUCACUACCGACAUCCUGACGGCUACCAAUUCCCAGGCGGAUCCAACUACUAUCCAACCUUUGAGAAAAUACUACAAUCUCAUCCAAAAGGUGUAUUUAAAAUACCGAUAUUGGAAAGCAAAUUCAAUUUAAUAGAGAAUAUUCUACUGCAAACGGAAGGUCCGACAAUUUAUACACAACUUGCUCCUAAUAGAAAAGUUUAA